AUGGCCGACUACGAACGCCGAAACCAUGGCCACAGGGGCGGACGGAAGCGGCGGUACAGAGAUGAGGAUGAUUACGACCGCCGUUCGCAGAGGCGCCGAUAUGAGGAACCGCUUGGUGCCAAGGUGCGGAGACAGCUCCUGAUGAUUGCGGAAUCGCAGGCAGCGCGGAGGCCGGAAGACGACGCCGCGAGCAUCGCGAAAACGGUGGCGGAAAACCACGAAGAUGAGGGACUCAGAGAAGGCUUUGUAGAUCUUGUCAUUCAACUGGUUCUCGAGCAACCCUUCAAGAUCCCGUUUGUUGCCGCCGUUGUCCUGGCUGUCAAUGCGCAAAAGUCAGAGGUCGCAGCUGAAGUGCUGAAGAAGGCAGGCGAAGCUCUCCAGAACUCCUUGAACGUCGGAGCCUGGCGCGAUACCAAACUCAUCCUGCGCUUCUUAAGCUGCCUCCAUGGUAUAUUCGAUGGCGACGGUGUUUUCCCCAUACUGGAGGAGCUCUUCGCCCGUGCUGUUGAUUUACAGACAGCAUCCUCAGAGGACUCUUUGGGUCUCGAGCUUGUCAAGAUUAUACUCUUCACGAUUCCUUAUGUGAUGGCAUCUUCAGGAUCCGGCUACGAAACCCAGGCGUCUGCACUCUUGGAGAAAACCGACAUCAUUGCUUCUACCCCUCAUGCUCUCGUAGCACUAGUCGAUCCUUUUGCAGUGGAAGAGGGUAGACCGGAACCCAUACAGAGUUCCAUAGCUUUGCUGCAAAGUCAACUGCAAGAAGAAGCGAAUCGGAAUUGGGAACUCAAGUGUCUCCCCCGUCCUUGGAAACUACUUCGCCAAGAGAGCGAUGAUAUGAACCCUUUAGAGACGGCGACAAAGCAUCCUUUCCCUGCCGUCACUGUGCCGAAUCCUGUCAAAAGUGGCCCUAGAGCUAUCUACCCGGAAAUCUUUUUCUCGGUCUAUGCCGGACAAGAUAUCGAAACAGUUCCUCCAACCUCCGAUGUUACCUCAUCCUUGUUGAGGGACGCUAUUGUCGAUACCAUUAAUAUUCUGGACUUCAAUCGCAUUGCCACGGCCAAGUUCUUGAUUGACGUCGAUUGUUUUUUCGAUCCAGACACCUUUGUAAAGCGCGCAACACCGUUCGACAAGUUGCGGGAGGUUCCAGCUGGCCGUCCAACUUGGAAACCCGAAGAUGUCGUCGUGGACGCUGUCUUCUCACUGCUCUUCCAGCUUCCCAGCCCGGAGCACAAACUCGUCUACUACCACUCAGUGCUCACAGAGUGCUGCAAGAUCGCGCCUGCUGCUAUCGCUCCUAGUCUGGGGCGUGCAAUCCGGUUCCUGUAUCGCAAUGUCGAGAAAAUGGACUUGGAGCUGUCCCAUCGCUUCUUGGAUUGGUUUUCUCACCACCUGAGCAACUUCGGGUUCACUUGGAAAUGGACUGAAUGGAUCGAUGAUUUGGAACUGCCUGCAGUUCAUCCCAAGAUGGCUUUCAUCUCGGGCGCAUUGGAUAAGGAAAUUCGCCUCAGUUUCGCCCAACGCAUUAAAGGGACCUUGCCUGAACCUUACCAUGCUUUGAUACCAGAAGGCAAAGAGAAGGAUACUCCAGACUUCAAAUACGACACUGACACAACGCCAUACGCCAAAGAGGGCAGGGAGCUCAUGCAACUUAUUCGCAAGAAAGCAUCAGAUGAAGAAAUCCAGCCCGUGAUAAACGCGAUUGAGGAACAGGCGAAAGAGCAUGGUGUCUCUGACCCCAUGAUCCCUUCGACUGACGCCUUUGUUACUUCCAUCUGUUAUGUCGGAGCGAAGUCUUUGUCGCACGUGCUAUCUUGUAUCGAGCGGAAUAAGGAGCGGCUACUGUCCAUUGGUCCUCGCUCAUCCACGGCCCGUCGACAGAUCAUCACCUCCGUGAUGGAAUACUGGGCAGAUCAGCCCGGAAUCGGCAUAAAUAUCGUUGAUAAGCUUCUCAAUUAUACGAUCCUAACGCCGCUCUCGGUUCUUGAAUGGGCGCUAGUAGACAAUCUGGAUGCCGGGAAAAUCCUCGCGAAGACGCAUAUUUACGAAAUGGUCUCUGCCACUGUCGGAAAGGUCACAAAUCGAAUGCGACAGAUCGUGCUGGCCCGCACGCAGCCUGGUCUGUACGAGCCCCAACUUAGUGUUCUGGAUGAGACCUUGAAACGCGAGAAGGGUGACAUGCAGACUCUGUUCACCCUGAUCGAAGAUUCUCUUGUAUCCGUGGCAGGUGGCAGUAACGAUGAGCUCAUGGAGAGGAGCAACGAGGGCGAUACGUUUACUGAGAACGAACUCAUCCGUCACUGGGCUCAUCGCUGGCUGAGGGUGUUCCGAAGGAAAGCUGCAGUAGAGGAGUCUUUUAUUUCCGAAGCGAUGGCGAAUGCCACCCCAGUGGGAACUGUUGCGCCUGUUCCCCCUCAGCCUGAAGCACCUCAGCAAGAGACGGUUGAUAACACAGCCAACGGGGAUAUGGACGUCGCGGACGUCUCUUGA